AUGCCACAACAAAUAACCGAAAUCAAAACAUUUCUGAAAGCCGUCCAACGAACGGAUGCAAAAUCGAUUAAAAUCAAGAAGAACAAAGAGGACGUGAAAUUCAAGCUACGAUGUAGCAAAUAUCUUUAUACUUUUGUUGUCAAAGAUAAAGACAUGGCUGAUAAAUUGGAAGAGAAAUUACCAGAAACUAUUGAAGUGAAAAAAUUGAAGUGA